CAGAUAGGUCAGUGUUUUGGUCUGACAGCACAUCUGUCUUAAAGUAUAUCUCAAAUGACCACACUCGUUUUCAUACCUAUGUGGCGAAUAGGACAUCUAGGAUUAGGGAGGCUACACAAGUCAGUCAGUGGAGGUAUAUUGACACAAAGAGAAACCCCGCAGACGACUGCUCUAGAGGUGUGAGCGCAGAGAGGUUCAUGAGGAACCCAAGGUGGAUCUCUGGACCAGAGUUCCUUUGGUCAUCAGAAGAGGACUGGCCGAAUGAAUCUGUGGACAAUGUUGAACUUUGUGAAGAUGAUCCAGAGGUGAGGAAAUCUGCAACAGUGAAUGCAAUUAUGCAGACAUGUGAGGAAAGGCCCACAGACAAAUUGAUCAAUCACUUUUCAGAUUGGCUGAAGUUGAGAGUAGCUGUUGCAUGGAUCCUUAAAGUGAAAGAAGCAUUAAAACACCUCGUGCAGAAAGGAAAUGACUCAAAGAAAGAUUGUAAGCAGACUCUAAGGGUAACCAGAAUGACAAAAGGGUAUGUCAAAGACAACAUAAAAGAAGCAAUAACGGUGAAUGAUCUGAUAAUGGCAGAAAAGGCUAUUCUAUCGUAUGUACAGAAACAAAGUUUCCCUGAUGAAAUCAACAUGCUGCAAGAGGGCGCUUCCAAUGUGAAAAAAAGCAGUAGCAUAUACAAAUUGGAUCCAGUGCUGGACAAUGGAAUCCUCAGAGUGGGUGGUCGCCUCAGAAGAACGGCAAUGCCUGAGGAAAGAAAACAUCCUGCCAUUUUGGCCAAAAACCACCACGUGUCCACUCUGAUCUUACGCCAUGUCCAUGCUCAAACUGGACAUGGAGGAAGGAACCACAUGUUAUCCCAGGUGCGUAAAACGUACUGGAUUACAAGUGCUAAUUCUGCUUCAAGAAAGAUUAUUUCUCACUGUGUAACUUGCAGAAAGAACAGAGGAAAACCUGGUGAACAAAAGAUGGCUGAUCUGCCAAGGGAAAGGCUAGUCAUGGACUUACCACCAUUCUCUAACAUUGGUCUUGACUAUUUUGGCCCUUUAGAGGUGAGAAGGGGAAGGAGCACAGUAAAAAGGUAUGGUGUCAUCUUUACCUGCAUGACAAGUCGAGCAAUACAUCUGGAGGUUGCCUACUCUUUAGAUACACACUCGUGCAUCAAUGCCAUCAGGAGGUUUCUAUGCCGAAGAGGCCAGGCACAACACAUAAGAUCCGAUCAUGGCACUAACCUUGUCGGUGCAGAAAGGGAACUAAGAGAAGCACUCAGAACAUUAGACCAAAGAAAGAUCCACCAAGCUCUGAUGAAGGAGGGAGUUCACUGGAGCUUCAACCCCCCCACUGCUUCUCACCAUGGUGGGUUCUGGGAACGCCUCAUCAGAAUGGUAAGGCAUAUCUUAUGUUCAGUCUGCAAACAACAAACACUAGAUGAUGAAGGCCUAAGCACUGUUUUCUGUGAAGUUGAGGCGAUUCUUAACAGCCGGCCUAUUACAAAAGUUUCUGAUGACCCACACGAUUUGGAAGCCCUGACUCCUAAUCACAUUUUGUUGCUCAGGACUAACCCACUUCUGCCCCCUGGAGUGUUUUCAAGGUCUGACCUUUACCACAGGAGACGCUGGAGACAGGUCCAGUAUAUAGCAGAGCUCUUCUGGAAGAGAUGGCUGCUGGAAUACCUACCUCUUCUUCAAGAAAGGCAAAAGUGGUCAAGAGUCAAAAGAAACUUCAUCACUGGAGACAUAGUCCUAAUCGCAGACAACUCAGCCCCUCGCAAUUCAUGGCUACUUGGAAGAAUUUUGGAGGCCAAACCUGACACCAGAGGCCAUGUCAGAGUUGUGAAGCUGCAAACGAAGAGCAAUGUGCUGGAGAGGCCAGUAUCUAAAGUCUGCUUGCUGCUGGAGGGUGAUGACACUUCUGUGAUGGGUUCAGAACAAGUGAAAAAGGAUUAAAGAUAAGUGAACUGAUUCACUUUCCUUUAAUAUUUUUGCAAAUAAUUUAAAAUAAUUCCGGUGCAAAAAGAAAUGGCUCCUUUUAUAAUUUAAUGAAUUAAUUGUCUUUGCCUCUACAAAUACAAUUAGGGGCCGGUAUGUAGGAGCCAAAUUGAACUUCAUGUAAUUCUUAUAUUUUCUUUGUUUAUUGGCCGGAGUAAGUGUGUGUGUGCAUGUCUGUGUGCGUAUGUAUGUGAGAGUGGUUGAUUGGAUUGAGUAUGGGCACAGGUCUGUCUGUCCCACCUACAGGAUCCUGGAGGAGGUUGCUGAAGGUGGAGCCCCAGGGGGAUGACCUUAAGAGCUGUAGGCCGCAGCUUGUGGGCGUGGCUGAGAAGGGCAUACAGUCUUUUGACCGUGCUGCUGUGCUGACUUUGGACUUGGACUUAAUAGAAAGCCUUAUAGUGUUUACUUGUUUUACUUUACCACAACUGUCAACAAUAAAUGGUCAGAAGGGACCGACUUGGAACAAAA